AUGGUAAGGAAACCGUACUAUUCACCGGUUGCUCCAGCAGCUGGGGUCACACCCACAGUACGAAUGAAUAGUGGAAUGUCUGAGGUUUUGGAUUGGACAUGUACUGAUGUCAGGAGAUGGCUUGUAGCCAAUGGGUUUUCUCAGUAUGCCGGUAUUAUGGCCGAUCAACACAAAAUUGAUGGUCCUGCCCUGCUUCUAUUGAAAGAGCAUGAUUUGCGAGAGCAACCAUUGGGCAUCAAAUGUUUAGGUGAUAUAAAACGCUUGUUCGGAGCGAUAGAGAAAUUGAGGAAGUGUUCAUCGGGUUCUAGAACUGCUUCAGAGUCUUUAGAUGAUGUACUACUUUAUGUAGAGUAUAAUAAGAGAAGGAGAAUGUCUAUAUCAGGAGAAGAUCUGUUCGUGACUACAAAACAGAACGCUAUCAUAACGGAUGAUGAAUUUGUGGAAACUUUAUCGAACACAGGAGAUUUUCAUUCAGUUAGACUGAUAUCGAGAGAUGAGCUUAUCCGAACCGUUGAAAGUCCUGACACCCCUAGUAAAAGCUUAGCCAAGUUGACGAUCUCAUUCCUGUAUUGUUUAAUGUCUCUUCUAAUCACUGCGUUCGUGAUGGUUCUCGUCCAUGAUCGUGUACCUGAUAUGAAAACAUACCCUCCUCUUCCUGAUAUUGUUUUGGAUAACCUACCCUUGAUUCCUUGGGCCUUUGAUAUGUGUGAAUUGAUCGGUGUUGCCCUGUGUCUUGUGUGGUUAACCGUUUUAGUCUUCCAUAAGCAUAGAGUGGUCAUAAUGCGACGAAUGUUUUCGUUAGUAGGAACAGUUUUCUUACUACGUUGUAUAACGAUGCUCAUCACUUCGUUGUCCGUUCCCGGUGUUCAUUUAGAAUGUAGAGCUAAGAGUUACGGAAGCUUCCAAGAGAAAUUGAUUCAAGCUUUCCAUAUCUGGUCAAAAUUAGGAAUGUCCAUUCAGGGAGUUAGAACUUGCGGUGAUUAUAUGUUCAGUGGACACACCACAGCUAUCACAUUGCUCAAUCAUUUUAUAACAGAAUAUACGCCACCGUCUUGGACAACUUUACAUACGGGAACAUGGGUUAUGAACUUGUUCGGAAUAUUUUUCAUCCUAGCUGGUCAUGAACACUACUCCAUUGACGUUUUUAUCGCUUUUUAUAUAUCAUCAAGAAUGUUUUUGUACUAUCAUGCUUACGCUUAUAAUCAUGCCAAUCUUACUGCCACUGAUGAUCGAAUUCGUUUGUGGUUCCCUCUUGGUUGGUUCUUUGAAGCCGGAAGUCUUGGAAAAGUGCCAAACGAGUUUGAGAUGCCAUUCCCUAUCAAGUAUCCUAUGUUCUCGAAAUCUCCAACACCACCAUCUUCGCCAUCAUUAUCUCAUAAAGAAGGAAAAGAAAAGAGUAGAAAGAACAGUAGCAAGAAGAAAGCAUGUUGA